UAAAAUGACUGUUGGCAAAAUCAACAACAUUAAAGUGGCAUCGUUGGUAUAAAAUUGUUUCGCUUGUUUUCUCCUCUCUUCAAAUUAAUCAAUAAAUAAAUGGAAAAUAAAAAUAAUUGAUUCCAUUAAGUGGCGUUCAAGGCGGUGUACAAGUACAUUGUACAAUUGAAUUCGCAUGACUCAUUAAUUUUUCGAAAGGGAAAAUUUGCAGUGAAAAAAACAAACAGCGUACACCAAUUGAAAUUCAAUGAAAAUUAUUUUCGUGUGUUAUUUCCACACACACAUGCGUUCCAUCUCGUGAGCAACCAACGAACCAUCGUCGUCAUUGUAUUGUGAGCUAACCACCGUGUGUUUGACAUUUCGCUGUGUGUUCGAAUGCGUAUUGACGUUCGGUCGGUCGGUUUUGACACGUCGUUUGUUUCGUUUGCCUUUCUUUUUGAAACAGUACACAGCCGUGUGUCGUAUACACAGCAAAACGAUUCCUAGCUACAUUCGUACAUAUCUUGCAAAUAGCCCUUUGCAUUGCUACACACGUUCGCUUCUGUAUUCAUUCGGUGCAUCAGCAUUAUAGAUUGAGCGAUCGCUAAAAAAAUUUUAUUGUGCCACAAACUACAACGACCGAACAAAAAAGAAAAGAAAAACAACGCGUUCUUUUCAACGCUUUUGUGACAAAUGCUGCGAAAUAUUUUUGCUGAUUGUGUAUCAUUGUCCGUUACUUGAAAAAGUUGAUGAGGUGUUUUAUUCCAACAUGUUUUGCAUUUUGAAUUAAAUCAAAACAAUACAUUUGUGAAGAAGUCUUUUUUAGUUUCAUAAAAGUGACACACGCGAAAGAAGAAAAAAACAGACAAACAAAAGAAGAGCAACAUUUAUCGCACCACAUAACAACUGUACAGAGUUCAAUUAAAAACAUCAUAACAUUCCAAGACAAUUUUAUCGAUGUGCAAACGUUGGAAGAGGCAAGAUCGAAUGUAAAAAGAAGGCACAACGCACUCGAUACGAAUCUGGUCGAUUUUUUUUUUGUUUCAAACGAUGACACGGUGUUAUCAUGCAGAGGAUGUUCUUCGUUGUCUUCGAUAAAUGCGUUUAAUUGUGUUAGGUGGAUUCGAAUUUUGAUAUUAAUCGGUUUUUAUUAUUUUUACAUUACAAUUCGAUCAAAUCCAGAUCUUUUUCUUUGUGUUAAAUUCCCAAUUGCAACUGCCAUUUGAUGUGAUUUUAUUUUUGGUUGAAUCGUGAUUGAAGGAACACUGAAUUUUGAAAGAAACGACUUGACACACAUACACAUCAUAAAUCAGUUGAUGUUAUCUACUCAGGGCAUCAUUGUGGCAACCGAAAACAAAGAGAAGUUUAGUGUGUUGAGAUAAACGCUAGUUAGUUUCGUAUAUCGCACAUCGUACACAUAUCAAUAAAGGUUAAGCAGUCACAAAGGCGAAAGUACGCACGUACGCACGAUGGAGGAAACCUUUAUGUUAAUUUUACUCACGAUUGUUAUGUUGAUCGGGUCAUAUUUGGCUGGCAGUAUACCGCUCGUUGUACAUUUAUCCGAUGAAAAAUUGAAAGUGGUUACUGUUUUUGGUGCCGGUUUACUUGUCGGAACUGCCUUGACUGUGAUCAUUCCCGAGGGAAUACGUGCGCUGUACAGUAGCGAUGUACAACAUCUAAUUGUGUCAUCGCAAUCGCCAAACAAUGGAAAAACACCCGAACACAAUCACGACGACGAUGAACCAGAACAUUCGGCCACAAUUGGUUUGUCAUUGGUAUUGGGCUUUAUCUUCAUGAUGAUCGUCGAUCAAAUCUCAUCGCGACGCAACAAGGAUAGCUACGGUUCGGAUCGCAAUAGUACAGCAACAAUUGGUUUAGUGGUUCAUGCGGCCGCUGAUGGUGUUGCACUCGGAGCCGCAGCAACGACCAGCCAUCAAGACGUUGAGAUGAUUGUGUUUUUGGCCAUUAUGUUACACAAAGCACCCGCCGCUUUUGGACUUGUUAGUUUUCUACUGCACGAAGGAAUCGAUAGAAAUAGAAUACGACGACAUUUGGCCAUUUUCUCACUGUCAGCCCCAUUGCUCACCAUUCUCACAUACUUUGGCAUUGGACAAGAGCAGAAAGAGACGCUUAACUCGGUGAAUGCAACCGGUAUUGCGAUGUUAUUUUCGGCGGGCACGUUUUUGUACGUCGCAACCGUGCAUGUUUUACCCGAAUUGACCACAGCCGGUGCACAUGGUCAUGCGCCACCAACCUAUAGUCAUUUGGAAUCACCGCAAAUGCCAACGCCAAAAGGAUUUACAGGACUUAAAAACAGUGAACUAGCCAUUCUAAUCGUUGGAGCACUGGCACCGCUGCUACUAACAAUGGGUCAUCAUCAUUAGAGCAACACAAACACACCCACACUCCUACAUACAUCCCUCGCGCGAUUCAUAAUAAAUUAUUUAACAAAGACAAGAUGUAAACAUAUUUUAUUCCGUUUAUUUAAUGCGUAUUGCAAUAGAUAAGACAAAUGUUUUUCUCUUUUUGUUUCUGUAAAUGACUGUAAAAAAAAGAGAUAAAGAAAAAACGAUGAUGAAGAAGAAGAAGAAGUGGAUAAGAAGAUAAACGAAACGAAACGAAUGAAUUUGAACAAUGACUGCUGUAAAGAUAAAAUGAAUUGAAAAAUGCGAAAUAAAUUAAAAAACAAACUAUUGAAAUUAGGCGAAUCAAAGUGA